CAACGUAUUAAUCAUAUAACCCCCAGUGAUUUCACACACAGUCUCUCUCUCUCUCUCUCUCUCGCUCGCCAUUUUUAUCAAAAGUCUCGUGUUAAGUGUAUGAUCCAACAGUAAAAUUUUGAUGCCUUUUCUGCUUUGUUCAUGAACCGCGACCAAGCUUACUGUACCAGUAAACCCUAGAAUUUUGGGAGUGAAGGUUUCUCAUUUUAUAAAUCGAAGUUGUGAGUUUGUGACUGGAGAGUGGAGUUUUGAUGGCAUCGUCGAAAGUGAUGUCGACUACUUCGCCAACCAAUCCUGAUCUGCCACGUCAGCCUUCUCUGUGUUCUUCCCUGUCUACUCUCCUCGCCGAUCUCCAGAACCAACAACAGGCGGUCAACAUGGGGGAUUCGUCGUCCCAGAACCUCGGCUCCAUGAGCAUGGAUGAUCUUUUGAAGAAUAUCUACGCGUCCCCGCCUCCAACAACCACCGAAACUCACGCUCCUUUUCCUGGCGCGUCCAUCUCACGCGAGGGAAGUUUCUCUCUUCCCAAGGAGGUGGCCAACAAGUCGGUGGACGAGGUGUGGAAAGAGAUUGUGGCGGGUAGCGAUCAGAGGCAGGGACGUGCAGGGGAGGGAUCGGCGGGUGGGGCCCAUUCACAGGCACUGGAGGAGAUGACCUUGGAGGACUUUUUGACCAAAGCUGGGGCUGUGAGGGAGGAGGAUGUCAGAGGGGUUCAGGUGGGAAUAGAUGCAGGGGGCUUUCCUGUGGACGCGGGAAUCAACGGCUCUCAGUAUCAGGGGUUCGGAAAUGGUGGCGGACCGGUGGUUGAUCCAGAGAGUUGUCGGCGCGGCCGGAGGAGUAGAGGCCGAGGUAAGAGGAGGGCAGUGGAAGAGCCUCCGUUGGAGGCCACACAGCAGAAGCAGAGGCGAAUGAUCAAGAACAGGGAAUCUGCCGCUCGCUCCAGAGAACGCAAGCAGGCUUACACAGUUGAACUGGAAUCACUAGUGACACAAUUGGAGGAAGAAAAUGCGCGCCUGUUGAGGGAAGAGGAUGAACAGAAAAUGGAGAGGCUUAAGCAGCUAAUGGAGAACCUCAUUCCAGUUGAGGAGAAACGAAGGCCACCUCGUGCUCUUCGGCGAGUUCACUCCUUGCAGUGGUAGAUGUGUCAGUUCAGAUUUCCUGUUGAUAAUAAAGGAAUGAUAUACUUAAUCUGGAUGGCAUGCCAUAGUAUGUUUUAUACUGAAGGCGAGGAUGAAGUAUGGAUAUGAAAUAUGAAAUAUUAGGAAGAGGAAAAGAAAGUAUUUAAUCAUAGUUUUGAGUUAGUUCAUUUGUAAAGAGAAAGUGACUGCAAUUAGGUAGGUGUAAGUAAAAUCUAAUUAGAACCCAAACAAGGACUUGUGUAUUUGAUAUAUUAGGGUUUAGGGUAUUGUAGAAAGAGCAACCUCCUUCCCUGUUCUUGUUUCCCUUCUAAUGGAUUCCACUAGAAGUGAAAGGAGAGAGGUUGACACAAAUCUGAGACCUGAGCUGAUCUUUUACUAAUUUUACAAUAAAAAUGUUUAUGUUGUUGAAA